AUGGAGGGGACCCAGAGUGUCUCCUUGGUGCUGCUGCUUCCCCUGCUGCUGCCACCAGGCCCAGCUUGGCAUGCGGCUGCCCAACGCUGCCCACAGACGUGCGUUUGCGACAAUUCCAGGUGGCAUGUCGCCUGUCGGCACCAGAACCUCACUGAGGUGCCAAACGCCAUCCCUGAGCUGACUCAGCGGCUGGACCUCCAAGGCAACGUGCUGAAGGUGAUCCCCCCAGCUGCCUUCCAGGAGCUGCCUUACCUGACACAUCUGGACCUGCGGCACUGCCAGGUGGAGCUGGUGGCCGAGGGCGCCUUCCGGGGCCUGGGCCGCCUGCUCCUCCUCAACCUGGCCUCCAACCGCCUGAGCUCGCUGCCCCAGGAAGCCCUGGACGGGCUGGGCUCACUGCAGCGGCUGGAGCUGCAGGGGAAUAUGCUGGAGGAGCUGCGGCCGGGCACGUUCGGGGCACUGGGUGCGCUGGCCACCCUGAACCUGGCCCACAACGCCCUCGUCUACCUGCCCGCCAUGGCCUUCCAGGGGCUGACGCGCGCCCGCUGGCUGCAGCUGUCCCACAACGCGCUCAGCGUGCUGGCCCCCGAGGCCCUGGCCGGCCUGCCCGCCCUGCGCCGGCUCAGCCUGCACCACAACGAGCUGCAGGCCCUGCCGGGGGCAGCCUUGGCCCAGGCCCGCGCCCUGGCCCGGCUCGAGCUGGGCCACAACCCCUUCACCUACGUGGGUGAGGAGGACGGGCUGGCGCUGCCGGGCCUCCGGGAGCUGACGCUGGACCACGGCGCCCUGCAGGCCCUGGAGCCCAGGGCCUUCGCCCGCUGCCCGCGCCUGCACACGCUGGACCUCCGUGGGAACCAGCUGGACACCCUGCCGCCCCUGCAGGGCCCCGGGCAGCUGCGCCGGCUGAGGCUGCAGGGGAACCCUCUGUGGUGCGGCUGCCAGGCCCGGCCGCUGCUCGAGUGGCUGGCGCGGGCGCGUGUGCGCGCGGACGGCGCGUGCAGGGGCCCCCGGCGCCUUCGAGGCGAGGCCCUGGACGCCCUGAGGCCCUCAGACCUGCGCUGCACCGGAGGCAGGGCGGAGGACGAGGAGGAAGAGCUGCUGCUGGCAGCCGCGCGCCCCCGCGCCCCCGAGGGCGCCUCCAAGGGGGACGACGGGGCGGCCGAGCCCUGCCCGCGGGCCUGCGUGUGCGUCUCCGAGUCCCGGCACAGCGGCUGCGAGGGCCGAGGCCUGCAGGCCGUGCCCCGCGGCUUCCCCGGCGACACCCAGCUCCUGGACCUGAGGCGGAACCGCUUCCCCGUGCUGCCCCGGGCGGCCUUCCCGGGCCUGGGCCGCCUGGUGUCGCUGCACCUGCAGCACUGCGGCAUCACGGAGCUGGAGGCGGGCGCCCUGGCGGGGCUGGGCAGCCUGAUCUACCUCUACCUCUCUGACAACCGGCUCUCGGGCCUCAGCGCUGCUGCCUUCGAGGGGGCCCCCCGCCUCGGCUACCUGUACCUGGAGCGCAACCGCUUCGGGCGAGUGCCGGGGGCCGCCCUGCGCGCCGUGCCCGGCCUCGUUUCCCUGCACCUGCAGAGCAACGCCGUGGACCGCCUGGAACCCGGGGACCUGGCAGGCACGCAGGCCUUGCGCUGGCUCUACCUGAGCAGCAACCGCAUCGCCCAAGUGGCCCCCGGGGCAGUGGGCCCGGCUGGAGAGCUGGAGAAGCUGCACCUUGACAGGAACCAACUGCGAGAGGUGCCCACUGGGGCCUUGGAGGGGCUGCCUGCCCUCCUGGAGCUGCAGCUCUCGGGGAACCCUCUCGAAGCUCUGCCGGAUGGGGCUUUCCGGUCUGUGGGCCAGUCACUGCGGCACCUCUUCCUGAACAGCAGUGGCCUGGAGCAGAUUUCUCCCAGGGCCUUCUCGGGCCUGGGACCCCGGCUCCAGAGCCUGUACCUACAGAAGAACCAGCUGCGGGCCGUGCCUGCCCUGCCUCAUCUCAGCCAGCUGGAGCUCAUUGACCUCAGCGGCAACCCCUUCCACUGCGACUGCCAACUGCUCCCGCUGCACAGGUGGCUCACUGGGCUGAACCUGCGUGUGGGGGCCACGUGUGCCAGCCCUCCCAGUGCCCAUGGCCAGAGGGUGAAGGCUGCGACGACUGUUUUUGAAACCUGCCCAGGCUGGGCUGCCAGGAAGGCCAAGCGGACGCCGGCCGCCAGGCCCAGUGCCAGGAGCAGCCCCGGGAAGGGGAGACGAUGGAGAGCAGACAAGGUGGGGAAGGAGAAGGGCCGCCUCUGA